AUGCCACGCGAAAUCCUCAACGUACAGGUCGGCCAGGCCGGGAACCAGGUCGGGGAGAGUUUCUGGAGCACACUUCUGGCGGAGCAUGGUCUGAAUGACGAGGGAUUCUACACAGGAAACGAUCCUCUACAGCUCCCCAAGGUUGACGUGUUCUUUACCGAGAUCCCGCAAGGAAAUGGCAGCAAGUACGUUCCGCGUAGCGUGCAGAUUGACCUGGAGAAUGGUGUUUGCUCCCGCAUCCGCUCUGGAAAGCUAGGGAAGCUCUUUCGCCCAGACAGCUUCGUCACCGGCGAGACUGGUGCAGGAAACAACUGGGCUAAAGGCUACUACACUGAGGGUGCUGAGCUUGUGGACGGUAUCAUGGAUGUCGUCCGCGUACAGGCCGAGGCAUGCGACGCUAUGCAAGGAUUCCAAAUGAUUCACUCCCUUGGUGGAGGAACGGGUGCUGGGCUGGGCUCCCUGCUACUGUCCAAGUUCCGAGAAGUUGUGUCUGAAACUGUCGUCGAGCCGUACAAUGCCCUCCUGUCAAUUCACCAACUGGUCGAGAACAGCGACAUGACCAUGUGCAUUGACAACGAGGCACUAUAUGACAUCACCGUCCGGACCCUCAAGAACAAGGCCCCCGAGUUCUCCGACUUGAACGUCUUGGUCUCGCAAGUGAUGUGCGGAGUCAGCACGAGUCUCAGGUUCCCUGGGCAGCUGAACGGAGACAUGCGCAAGCUCGCGCUGAACCUCGUCCCCUUCCCGCGUCUGCACUUCCUCAUGCCGAGCUACGCGCCGUUCUUCGAUCCCCGUGCGCGUUCGUUCGUUCGCAUGACCGUGCCCGAUCUCACAUCAGCGCUCUUCGACCGGAGAAACUUGCUCGUCGCCUGCGACCCUAGGUUCGGCCGGUACCUCACGGCCGCGACGAUCUUCCGAGGAGCAGUCUCCUCGCAGGAGGCAGAAUCAUCCGUCCUAGAUCUCCAGCGCAGGAACUCUACGCAGUUCGUGGAAUGGAUUCCUGACAAUGUUUCGGUGUCGUUGGUUUCCGUGCCUCCUGUCGGCUCAACUCAGUCGGCAACAUGCUUGUCCAACUCGACCGCGGUCCAAGAGCUGUUCCAGCGAACCCUGAGCCAGUUCAUCGCGAUGUACAAGCGUCAGGCUUUCCUCCACUGGUACACCGGAGAAGGAAUGGACGCCAUGGAGUUCUCAGAGGCAGAGAGCAAUGCUCACGAUCUAGUUGCUGAGUACCAGCAGUAUCAAGAGGCAACAGUCGAAGAGGAGUACGCCGACGAAGAGUACGAGGUGGAGGAGGAAGAACUUCCGCUUGAAGACGAAGAAUAA